CACAUUGUUCCAGUCACUUCCCACCAUCAUUAUCGUCAUCAUCGUGUUCCUUCAAAAUCAGAAACUGAGUCGAACAAAAGACAGACACAAACAAUUUCCCCAUCUCACCAGACGACAAGUUGGGCAAAAAAUAAGCAAAAGUUUGCGCAUAAACGGGCUUAACACAAACCCAUUGCCACUUAAGUUUUUUAGUCAUUGACGAGCCGCUCUACAGCUUAGGUCUGCUAUUCGGUCAUCCAAAAACUCGAUUUAAAACCAAUAUUUUCAAAUUGAUUCUAGAACACGAUCGGGAGUUUACUCUCAAACUUGUUAAAUUGUUUGAGUUUUUUGUUGAGUUGUUUUGGGUUUUUUCUGGUAUUUUUAAAGGGUUUUCCCAAUCCAAAUCCAUUUGGCGGUUUAUCAUUGAAAAAUAAGUGAUUGAAAAUUAUCACUUCCCCUUCAGCACUCUACCGAAUUUCAGCUAAAUCAUUCGACCGGACAAGUGAAAGUGCGCUGUGUGGAUUAACUUGUAGCUCAACUAGUGAGUGCUUUUGUAAUAGAACCAGUUGCAAGUUGUUGUUUGGCAUUGAAAAAUAUACAAAUCUCGGUCAUUGAGUAUUUUCUGUUUUGUUGUUAUUCUUGUUGUGUUGAAUAAAAUUGAGAUUUUGUGAAAUAAUAAAAGAAAAAAGAAGAAAAAAUCUAAAACCGAUCAAAAUGAGUGGCGGAGUUGAUAGUAUUAUCAGCUAUAAGCGUAACCCCGAUGAGGAGUUCUAUGCAAUGCUCAAUUGCGAUGAAAAUUCAUCUGUUGAGCAGAUUCAAGCUGAAUUUAAAAUUCUUGCUUUGCAAUUCCAUCCAGAUAAGAAUAGUGGCGAUAAGGAGUCUGAAGGGAAAUUUCAGAAAUUGAAGGAAGCCAAGGAAACACUUUGUGAUCCAGAAAAGCGUGCCAAUUAUGAUAAAUGGCGCAACAGUGGCAUAGCAAUGAGCUACAAAAAUUGGUUAGGAAUGAAAGAGCAUGUCGGACAGUCUAUGCACUGGGCUACUCCGAAAACCAAAGAUCGGAUGUUGGAGGAAACCGGUGCAGCCACUGCUGGAGCUACUAGCGGCCUAUCAGCUGCUGCACCAAAUCCAGCUCAUCGUCGUGCUUCUGAAGGUGGAGCUGCACUCUAUUAUGGCAGUCGCAAAUCUGAAUGGGGAACAGACAACACUGAAGUUGCCAACAAGUUCCGUAACUAUGAAAUUUAAAAAAAGUCUUUCCACCGAGAUAUCUUUUUUUUUUAAAUAAAGUAUGUAGUAUUUUUUAUUAUUUAUAAUUUCUGCUAUAGACAUUGGCAAAAAGAAAAAAAUAUAUAUAUUUAAUUAUGUUUAAUUAAAAUAAAAACAAGAAUAUACAAAAACCUAUCUUGAAAAAAAAAACUGUAACUGCUAGAAUUUAUAUUAUAAAGAACAAAAAAGAAAAGAAAAAAAAAUGUAUUUUACAUAAAAGAAGUAUAAUUCUUAAAUAAAACAAAUAAAAAAAAUAUUUACCUAUCAAAGGAAAGUACUUUCUUAUGUGUA